GAGCAUCAUACCCACUGUGAAGCAUGGUGGUGGCAGCAUCAUACUAUGGGGCUGCUUCUCUCGUCAAGAUAGUGGGACUGAAGCUCUAGUCAAGAUAGAGGGAUUCAUGGAUAGCUUUAAAUACCAACCUGCCAGUCUCUGUUACACAGCUGAAGAUGAAGAAAAAUGUCACCUUCCAGUGCGAUAACGACCCAAAGCAAAAAUCUAAGUCGACAAAGGAACGGCUUCAGAAGAAGAAGAUCAGCAGUUUGGAAUAUCGCAGUCAGAGCCCAGAUCUAAAUCCUAUCAGAAACCUGUGGAAUGACUUGAAGAAGUUGUGUACAGGAGAUCUCCUCGCUCUCUGAUAGAUCUGGAGCAGUUUUGUAAGGAAGAGUGGAAUAAAAUGACCAGAUGAAGAUGUGCUGAGUGUGUAGACUCUUCCCCAAAAACACUGAGUGCUGAAUUACAAGCAAAAGCUGCUUUAACAAAGUUGUGGCAGAAGACAGCUCAAGAACUCAGUGGACUCAGGGUGAGAUGACAGAAUGGGGUUCCUGGGAGGAGAAAUAACUGUUGACAAUCGCACACCCUACAGAUGGACUGUCUGUAUCGAGACCCAGAAGCCAUGGCUGUUUUCUGACAGAUACAAUACGUUUAAUGUUGGACCUCACACAAAAACACAGCAAAGCCAGAUACUUUUAAUCAAAUGGGGCCAAACCAUCUACCUGAAAGUGAAAUAUGGACAGUGUUCAGAGACAGAGUGCUGCACAGAUCCAGAUUUGUGGUACAUAUUCGAUCCAAGAGAUGACCCCUGUUUCACAAUUCGAGAGAGUGGAGACCACUGGUAUAUACAUCUGGACUGCAACAUAAAUUAUGAGGAGAAGGAAUCAACUUGCCCAAAUUAUGAGAGAACUGAAGAUGAUGCACGAGAGGAAGAAGAAAAUCGUAGACGAGCGGAGGAGCAGCGGCGUCAGGCCCAGCUUGAACGUGAAAGAAGAAUUGAGGAACAGAUUAGAAGAGAAAGUGAGCUCGCCGCUAAGAAGCUUGAACAAGCCACAGAGACACUGAAGCAGAAACAGAGGCUGAGAGGCCAUGAGUUCCACCACCAAACUCAUAUAAUGCAACAGACACCAAACACUGAAAAUGAAAGAGAUGAGGUUCCAGAAAUAGAGAAGAAAUUCAGAGAACUCUCAUUAGAAUAUCAAAUCGUUGAGGAUGAAGAUUCAGAGGAGACACUAGCAGACAGAAUGAAAACUCUGCAAAAUGAGUUAAUGGUGGAGUACUGUAAGAAACACAACCUGACCAGUAGCUGUGUGUUUUCUUUCGACACUGCAGUUGGUUAUGAGACUCUGCCUCUACAUGAUAGACUGACAGUACUUGAAGCAGUAAUGCAUUUGGUUUUUGAGGAGAAUGAGGACGACCACACACAUAAACAUGACCGAGACUUCCUCUUGGAUGUGCUUGAACUGUUGCAAGAUGAUCAUCCAUCACUUGCGUUUAAUCUUUUACAGAGCCUUCUUCAAAUUGAUGUGCAACUGUCUGCACAGAGUAAAGAAAUUCUGUGUCAGAUUGCAUUCAACAACACAUGGAAACUGGCAGAAAUAACAGAUUUCAUGCGUUACAUUUUCAGGAAAGACAAAGAACAAGUGCAGUCAAUACUUCACAUUGCACAGACCUACAAGCUGGAAUAUAGGGAUGUCUUUACUGCUUUGGAGUCACCUGAUCCCCUCAGAUGGUUAAAAAGCUAUGUUUACAAAGAAAGACACAAAAAUGCUCUUACUAUUAUUAGUGAAAUGCGCAAAGCAAACUACCCUGAGAAUGUCCUGAUAAUACUCGAGGAUGUUCUGGGGUAUCUGGAAAUGGAGCUUCCAAAACACAAAACAGCUGAUCUCAAUGAAAACAAAAUCCAUAAUAUAAAGAAAAUGGUUAAAGAACUGGAUUUUAACAACCCAGACAGACACGUUCUGAAAAGUGUACUAGUGGGAAUGUCAGUCGCAGUAAAAAUAUGCUCUGCUGUCACUAUUCAAAGGAGUAAAAAGGAAAUAGUCAUUGAAGGAUAUCUUCCCAGAUUACCUCAACUUGCAGCCUUGGUUGUUUUCCUGCUUCCGAAAUCAGAAACUAAUACAGGUUGUCUCCUGGAAAUUGGGACUGGUGAAGGGAAAUCUUGUAUCUUAGCCAUGCUUGCUGCAAUCCAUGCCAUUCGUGGUGUAAAGGUGGACAUUGUGACGAGCUCCCCGGUCCUCGCCUGUCGUGAUUUAGAGGAAUGGAGCGGACUGUACAACAUGUUUGGCAUAACAUCAUCUGCCGUUCCUCCAAUGCUGAAUGAUGUCUCAUCUGAAAAACUAGAAGAACUGACUCAGGAAGCAUACAAACAACAAAUAAUUUACAGUACUGUUGGGACUUUUGCAGCAGAUACACUGAAACAAGAGUUUGAGAAGAAAACAACUCGAGGAGACAGGAGGUUUGAGCUAGUGAUUGUGGACGAGGUUGACUACAUGACCUUGGAUAAUGGAGUUCAAAUAACAUUUCUGUCCCAUGAGUCCAGUGGCCUCCAGCAUUUGGAGCAAGUCCUUGCAGGAAUCUGGGCCAUGGUAUCUGCAUGUCGACCAAUUGAGGUAGAAGAAACUGGAGAGACCAUGUGGGCAACAAGAGUCCAGAAUUUUCACACAGCUGCACUAAUAGCAAUGAUUGGUUCAGAAAAAACAGAUACAUUUUCACCACUGGAAAUUUUGUUGCCAGGCACCGAAUUAGGCUUUUACUCAGAGGAAGAUUUUGAAAAUUUGCAGGCCUCUUUUAAUGACAAAGGAGAAAAGCAACAUGUUGCUAUGGAAAAUAAGGCAUGGAAGACCAUCAUGGCCAAAACUGGAAUAGAACAACAGUAUGACCUGCUCAGUGUUCUUGAGAUGGGGAUGGAGAACAAGGUGGCAUUUAACUGUUAUGUAUAUCAGUCAGAAACUAGAAAAGCCAUUCGGUUUGGAGAGCAAAAGACAAAAACUGACCAAAACAUCAACAUGCUGCUAUGCGAGAAUGGUAAAGCUUGUGAGAUCUUGUCUGAAAAUUUGCUUGUUGAAGCCACUCUUAGCCAGGUGAAAUCCAAGAUUAAAUAUUCUAAACAAUGCAGUUCAGAAGAAGAAAAACACAAUCUUGUAGUCCCUUCUUUCUUAGAGAAAUACCUUGAAAAUCAGCUUCCAGUGUUUGUUGAGAAUGCACUGAAGGCCAUUCAGAUGACCAAAGGCAGAGAGUACAUGAUCGAGAGAUCUCUUAGUGCUCAGGGAAUAGAUGUUAGUGAAGAAGAUCAACACAUGUACCAUGCAAUAAUUCCAGUGGACUUUCAGGCCAGUGGAAUGUUGGAGAAAAGAAAACGUUGGGGUGAUGGACUACAACAAUUUCUGGAGAUGAAGCAUCAGUUAACUUUAUCGCCAUUAUCAAAUGUGACAAACUACAUGUCAAAUUCAAAUUUCUUUAAAAGAUAUCUCAGUGGGAAAGGAAUAUUUGGUGUUUCUGGAACACUGGGGGGAGAUGCAGACAAGGGUUUCCUGGCAAGGCAUUACAAAACGGACAGCUACGUCAUACCGGCUCAUCAGCGUCAAAAGGUUACUGAGCUUCCUGCAGUCCAGGUGAGGGGAGGUACCGAACAAUGGAUCCAAACUCUUUGUGCCAUGGUCUCAAAAGUCUCCAACAGAGGACAAGUGGUGUUAGUCGUGUGUGAGGACGUGAACACAGCAAAUGAGCUCAAUGACAAAAUUACAGCAGAAACCAAACAUUCAGUCACCAAGUACACGAUGAGCGAGAGCCACAACAUUGAGAACCAGGAGUUCAACAAGGGACAGAUCAUUAUUACCACUAACCUUGGAGGCCGUGGAACAGACAUUAAGGUUACAGAGGAGGUUAAUCGCUGUGGUGGUCUCUUUGUGUUACUCACGUACUUCCCCAAUAACCGAAGAGUCGAGAAACAGGUUUUUGGACGAACAGGUCGAAAAGGCACGCCGGGAAUGGUCCAGCUAAUACUGAACCAUGAUCGUCUAGCCAUGGCCUACCGAGGCCAUUCUAUCGAAGUCAUGAGGGAACUCAGAGAAGAGUAUGAGGUUAAUCGAAUAAAAGAUAUGGAGAAGGAGAAACUAGCUGAAAUUGAAAUGAAGGAAGAGCUGUUCUCCACAUUUUGUCAGUUCCUUAGUGACUUUGACAAGCACUAUAAUACAGAAGAGAAGACAGACCUCUUUGAAGUGAAAGUAAAAGAUGUCCCUCGUUACUUUGAGUCCUUUCACAGUAAGGUGGACUAUCACCCAGCACUGAAUGCUUUGAAGGAAUCAUGGGGUAUAUGGCUGAUACUUCACACAGAACAGAUUAACAUAGAGAAUGACCUCACUGAAUUGAAAGUAGACCUCAUCUAUCACUUGCAUGAUACAAGUAACAAACUUUUACAAGGUCAGAGUGAAAACUUUUAUGAUCACAUCCAGCAGGCUUUAGGAAGAACUGCCUUGCACUUUCAAAACAAAAACAAAUGUGACUAUGGAGCAAAAUCUUACUGGAAAAAAGCCUCUGAGUCAGACAACUACUACAGAGCUAUUGCACUAUAUAACCAGGCCUACAUUACCAUUAACAUGGCCAAAGAGGGCUACAAAAGUGAGGCACAUUCCAUACUCGAGGAGGCAGAGAAGGCCAUAGAUGUUUACGUAUCAGAAAUGACCAAAACACUAUACUUCUGUUCCUUGUCUGUUACUCAAGAUUUUGAACCACACCACAGCGGCAGCUGUAACUUCCAAAUACAAAUGCAGGCAAGGAUGAACAUAUUUAACUCAUGGAAGCGAAAUAUCAGAAAAAUACUUGACAUGCUUGGACCGGGCAAAGGAGAGUUCAAAACUGUGGACUUGACACUUUACAGCUUAUCAGCUGAGGAAGAUUUUGUGUCUUCUAGUGAACUCAACCUCUUUCGUAAUUAUGGGCUUGCAGUUGUGUUUGAAGUGAAGAAAAAGCCCCAAUUCUCAUUUGAUGCCCUGAUUUGUUGUUUUCUUGGUCUGGUUCAGGUUGUAGCAGGAGUUCUGAUAUGUGGCCUGACAGCUGGUUCUAUGUCCUCAUUUGGUCUUGGUUUGAUCUCUGAAGGUGUGUCUGACAUGAUCAGUGGAGUCAUGGGUAUGAUAAAUGGUGAUUUUAAUUGGGCAUCAUGGGCAAUAUCUAAGGCAAUUAGUAUAGGAACUUCUUUGGUCUGUGGGGGAUUCAGUGUUCUCAAACGGUCAUUCUCCUCUGUGAAAAAUGCAGCAAAUAGUAUCUUCAAUGGCACUAAAUCACUAAAAAAUAUUGCAUGGAGUGCCGUCCGAUCAGGAAGAAACCUGUUUAUGUCCACAUGUACAACAGUCAAAUCAUUAGCAUCAUCAGUAUCCAUAAAGAACAUCACAUUGAAUGCGGCCAAACUGAACUUAAAAAAAGCAAGUGCGUAUGCUGUUCAGGAAUUGGCUAUUCAGGGGGUAAACACUGCUCUGAACAACAUUGAUGCCACAGUUAAAAAAACUUUCAAACAAGGAUUUCAACUUACUUUUAAGAAAUCUCUCUGUUCAGAACUGCAACAGAAUAAACAAUUUGUUAGCGCGCUCUUAGAUUUCAUUAGCUCAAGAAUCCCAAAGGCGGCCUUGAAUAAAGAGUCUGGCUACAAGAUUAGUAAAAACUUGGAGAAGCAAAUGAUUGACCAUGUUGCUCUGAAUACGAAACUUACUAUCAGUGCCCUUAUAAUAAACUGCAACCAUAUCCAAAAGACCAUUCAAACACUGUCCAGUGUGUGGGACAUGUCAGCAGAGUUUGUUGCAUACAAACCUUAUACCUGCAUCAAGAGACUACUGAGUACUGCAAGCAUGUCCACCACCAUUUAUGAAAUGUAUUCCUCCAUUCCUACAAAACAGACCAUUAACAGUAAUUUUGUUCCUGCUUUUUUGAAGUCCAUAAAAGAGGAUCCAUUAUUUGAGAAGUAUGACAGUGAUGGAAGGGACAAACUGGAAGAUGUGGAACGUCUUAAAAAUGAACUCAUUGACUUAGUUUCAGAAGUUCUUUCCCAAACCAUGGUGGAGAGUUUUUCUGGGUUUGCCACAUCAAUUUUUACCAAAACAUUCACUCAAAGACUGAACUCUGUUACUGUAGAAGUGGUUGGUAAUUUGCUGGGACGGGACGAAACCCAAAGGUUCUUUGUGAGUCAGCAGCAUGAUUAUGAUCUUAAAUCAGCCACUGAAUGCAAGAAAAGAUCUUUGACUGACGAAGAACUAAAUGAGCUCACAUGCUAUGCUAAAGAUAUAGCUGACGAACAAAAGCCAGCAACAGCUUUAGAGGUUCAUGUUCUCACAAAGAGCAAUUUGUUGGAAGGAAAAGGAAUUUGUAUAACUGUAGUAGAUGAUAAAGGAAAACUUCUCUCAGAGGAGACUUACCCAGGAACUGAUCCAGCAGCUGGUGCUAUCAAACUCGUGCUGACGAAACUACCUCUGACUUCUCCAGGAAAUGAAGGAAUAUUGAAUAAACUGAAACGUAACAUUAAGGCUGAAGAUAUUCCACAGAGUGGCCACAUUGAUAUUAUACGCCCUGAUGGAUCACGAGAAACUGUAAAGUCCUCAAAUCAGAACUGUCUUUUUCAUGCUGUCAUCCAAGCAACAACUAACGACCCAAACAACGUCGUUCUACAAAAAGCCAAAGAGCUCCGUAGGAAAGUCAGUGAUGAGAUUCUUUUAAAACCAAACAACUAUGUAGAUGCUGUGAAGAUCCAGAACAUUUUCAACAUGACAAACAGCUCGAAUAAAUAUAAAAUCCAAGCUGGAGUGAGGGAAUGUGAUCUGGAGCAGUACACCAAGUACACUAAAAACAAGACACCCAAACAAAUCAUUGAGGAGUACAAACUUGGAAAAGUGGGCGACCACAAGUGCGUUUUAGACAUGGAGAAGCCCACAGCAGGACUGGUGGAGGCACAGCACAUUCCACCAAAAAGCACAUGGACUUCAGUCCUUCACCUCAUCAAAACAAACCCCGAGAUUUCAUCUUCAUUAGACAGAAAAAACAAGGAAGCUUUCUACUUAAUGAUGAAAAUGAAACAUGACCCGAAUGGAAAAAUGCAGCUUUGCAUGAACACGCUGUCGUCUGAUCGCCGCCGUGCACUGAGCAGCGGCAACAGCGCCGAAUCCAGAGCAUGCAGACACUUCCUGACAAGCACCUUUUCACGUGGAGAUACAGAGAAAGCGUUGAAGCUCUCCUUAAUCAUGGCCCAUCCUCAAUGCUCGGACCACAUCUGGAAUGAUCUCGGUUUCCAUCGUCAUUUCAGGACAUGUGAUGCUGGACUUGCAGUGAUGGACAGGAACGACUACUACAAGAGAGGAUUUAAGGAAAUAGUGAAAAAGUACAGCAAAUGGGAUCUCAUCGACCAAGACCAAACCAUCCGACUAAUAAAGUGGGUGCAGAAAGAUAUAUUUCUGGACACAUCUACAGUGGAGUAUAAAGAAAUAAUUAAUGUUAUAAAAGAUGCAAAAAAAAAAAAAAAGAAGGGACAUGAGCAUGGAUAAACUCUGAGCAGAAAGAAAUGAGUAUUUAGCCUUAAUUCAUAUAGGGACUUUUUUUUUAAAGCAAUAUCAUGCCUAACGUGUCAGGAGAAAAGAAUAAUUUCAGAUAGGCUAAACAUGUGAUUGAUGCAUUAAAACUGUUAAAAUUAGAAAUUUUAGACCAAUUUCAUUAAUAAACUCAGAUUUAAAAAUAUAUGCUAGGGUCUUAGCUCUAUGUCUUGAAAAAUAUAUCUGCAAAUUAGUACACAGUGAUCAGUCUGGUUUUAUUCCAUAUCGUUUGGCUGCAGAAAAUAUACGUCGGUUGCUACAUGUAAUUAAUAAAAGUAAAGAUAAAAGUUCCCCUUGUGCAGUCUUAUCUUUAGAUGCGGACAAAGCUUUUGACAAAUUAAAUUGGGAUUAUUUAUGGAGAGUGCUAGAUAAAUUUUGGUUUGAUAAGAAAUUUAUUAAUAUGGUCCACAUAAUUUAGGAUAAUCCAUCAGCAAUUAUAGCAACAAACGGUUUACACUCUCAACCUUUUGAUAUCUUGAGAGGAACAAGGCAAGGAUGCCCCCUCUCACCAAUGUUAUUUGCAUUGUCCCUCGACCUUUAGCGCAAAAAAUAAGACAAGAACAAAUUUGUUCAAUUUCAAUUAAGGGCACCCAUUAUGCAAUAUCUCUCUACGCAGAUGACAUUUUACUGUAUUUUACAGAUUUCGGUGCAAUCCCAAAUAUACUAGAAACAUUUAACAGUUUUGGGAAAUUUUCGGGGUACAGGAUCCACUGGUCCAAAUCAUUUCUUUCGCCAUUAAAUAAUAAAGCUCAGAAUAUUUCCAUACCAUCAGCUAUUCCGAUCACAAAUCAGAUCAUUUACUCAGGGAUUGUUAUACGGUCUUCUCUAAAAGAAACUGUACAUAUAAAUUAUGAGAAAGUCUUUCAAAAGCUUAAAAGAGACGUUGACAGAUGGAGGACACUCCCAGCAUCACUGCAAUCUAGAGUUUCGACUGUGAAGGUGAAUAUAUUACCUAGGGUCAACUUUCUUAGUGCAAUGAUUCCUUUGCCCCUUCUGGUAAAAUGGUGGAAAAGACUUGAUUCUUUAAUUCGUAUUUUUCUUUGGAAUGGCAAACAACCAAAGCUAAAAGUCUGUCUCUUCCUAACUUUGAAUUAUAUCAUAAAGCAUUCCAGUUGCACGCAGUCGAGACAUGGUUUGACAUGGUUUUGGUUUAUACACCCUGUAGAGAAGUAGAAGCAGCAAUCGUCAGAUUGAGACUUGAAGAUAUACUUUUUUCUGGACUUUCUUUGAAGUACUGUAAGCAAUCAUUCGGUCCUAUUGUGACAAACACCAUUAACACUUUUAGAGAAGUUGAGAAAUCAUUAAGUUACAAUAACAAAUGGCACCUACAGACUCCUUUAUGGUGUAAUAGGAACAUCAGAUGUGGUUCUGAACCAUUCACCUCAGAGCAGUGGUCCAAGCAGGGAAUAAGGAUUCUUGCUGAUAUUUGGGAUGAUAAUGGUAUGCUUAGCUUCUAAAAUAUAGUUGCAUCUUUUAAUGUACCUGCAUAAUCCUUUUUUUUUGUUCUUGCAACUGCGUUCAGCCCUUGGGGAAAAGCUCUCAAAGCACAUCCACGUUACAGCUGGUUUUUUAACCCCUCUCAGCAAAGGAUAGUGUCAUCUGUUUAUGCUCAUCUUCUUGAAGUUAAGCAAAAACAAUCGCCACUGCACAUAGUUUGGAUAAGGGAGCUAUCUGUAGAUCAGAGUGACUAGGUGAAGGUAUGGAACAAUAUAUUCAGCACAUCAAAAAAAUCCAAACCAUCAAUUAAUUCAUUUCAAAUUUUGUCAUAGAUUGUACUGGACACCAAAGAAGCACUUCCUCAUUAAAUUUUCUCCAAAUCCUCACUGUAGUUUUUGCCCUUACCAACAAGUGGGAACAUUUAUGCAUAUGGUGUGGGAAUGUGAGAAGGUUUAUGAGUUUUGGGGAAAGAUUUCAUCAGUAUUGUCUGAGAUCAUAAGAAAAAAUCCCAAUACUUUAUCUGUGCGACAGUGGCUACUUCAGUUUCAUGAUACAGUAAUGUUAGAAUUUUCAACAGCUAGAAUAAAUAAAGCGAGAGCCUCAACACUUGAAGCAUGGAAAGCUGCUGCAGAAGCACUGACAGAAAAGCUUCAAGAUGGAAGAAUUUAAUUAGGGGUUUAGUUUAGACUUUUGGACCUCUGAUGAUUUGUAUGAUGUUCUACCUAAGUGUCUCGUAAUGCAGUCUGUUUUUUUUUUCAUGUAUUUAUGUUAUUUUUUUUUUUAUUUUUUUUUUCAAGUAAUUAUUUUGGUUGCAGUUUUAUUACAACAAUUAGUGGCCUGGACCUGGGGGACCGCUGGCGGGUUAAGGGGGUUCAGAGGGUUCAGAGGGUCAACUUCUUGUUUUUGUUCAUUGUGAAGAAUCUUUUGGACAAUUGUAUGUGACCCUAUCUGUUCAAAAGCAAUAAAAAUCUAUCCCAAAAAAAAAAAACUGUUAAAAUUAGACAACAUGAUAAACAUGCAUCUCUUUUACCUCAACAGAAAGUGACUUGAUUAUGAUUAUUUGUUUUAAAAUGUCCAAUUCAAAUUAUUUUAAAUAAAAACCAGAUACAGUGGUGCAGGUUUCAGGUUUGGAGGACUCACAUCUAGUGGCAUCUGAAUAAAGAUUUAUACUUAAGAUUAUAUUUGCACUAUAUUUGUAUUACACCUGGAAUGUGUUGAUAAUAAAACAUGUAAGUGUUGUAACUGUGACAUUUAACUUUAUUUAACCCUUUAUAUACACAAAACAUCUUCUUGCGAAAACUGUAAUGAAUUUACUGGAUACACAAUUGCACUUACUGACCAUAUAGUACACAAUAAUAGAAAGGAAUGAUUUAUAAUCGCACUAUCCGCUACACCCAGAUGAGGAUGGAUCCCUUCUGAGCCUGGUUCCUCUCAAGGUUUCUUCCUCAUAUCAUCUCAGGGAGUUUUUCCUCACCACCGUCACCUCUGGCUCGCUCAUUAGGGAUAAAUUCACACAUUUACAAUUUAUUUUUUGAAUCCAUUUAUUUCUGUAAAGCUGCUUUGUGACAAUGUCCAUUGUUAAAAGCUCUAUACAAAUAAAAUUGAAUUGAAGUGAA